AAACGAAGUCUGCGCACCGACGUUCCGCUAGAAAGUCAUUCCGCGGUGCUACACAUCACGUACAGCCAAUGUACCCUUUGAUGUUGCGUCCCUGUCAUGUAAUCGAAGUGACUGUGACAUGGCUGACCUACCAAGGGCUGUCAACCACCAGGACCUAGAGGACGCAAAACGUCCCGUGCUUAUGGAUGCCGAGGAAGAAGUGCCUCAAACUGCUCAGAAAACUAUGGAUUUAGUAUGUGAAGAAGACAUGCAGGAAGAGACACAAUCGAAGAAUCCAACACACUCAGAUGAGAAUAAACCAACUGAAGACGUCGCGCAUCCCACAGAAAGUUCUUUUCCGCAAGAUGACAAUGGACUGCUUGUGCGUGCAGUCAGUGAUUCUUUGGAGGAUGAACUUCAAGAUCAAAGUAUCAGAGAGCCUCUGAUACCUGAGGAGCCAGGUCCGGAUGUGGAAGUGGUUUCAAAUGAAGAAACAAACAAACUGGCAUCAAUCUCAGGAGAUGGAAAUCUUGAGCAAGUUGAUGGCCCUGAGUCUCCGAUCCAUGAGGAUUCUCAAGAUGCUUUCAACGAUACUGAAGUUCCAGGUGAGGUUGGACGGUGCACUGAGUCAGAAGAAGAAGGGCUGGAAUUCUACCAUCAGCUCUCGUCUGCACCGGAAACCUACGUGGGCUACCGAGGGCCCGUUGAAGACAUUGGCCCGGUAACAGAAGAAACUGAAAGAAUAGAAGAGGCUGGAGUUAUUCGAGGCAAAAGAUUGCUGGCAGCUCUGGUUCUGGUGUUCGUCGCCAUCUUGAUACAUCAUCUCGUCCAGCCAAAGCCUCAAGAGAAGAAGAAUUUGGGGCGAAUUGAUAUCUUCCUCAGAGAGAUGGAGCGAGCGCGGACUGAGUUUCCUCACCAGCGGGCAGACUUGUGGACCAGGAGCAGGAUCCACCUCAAGAGGCACCUCCAGUCAGCACAACCUUCAGAGCCAGUCAGUCUGAUCCUCACUGCUGGACUUCAAGCGAGGAGGACGCUGCGGUGUCUGUCUCAAAGCCUGGCCUCCGCCUACUCCACUGCGGUCAACGCCUCCGUCCUCCACAUCGACGGGGCGAGCAAAGCCCACACGGACAGCGACACGGUCAAACUGGAUAUAGACAAUCAGCUGCAGGGAGCCUUUGAAGGAAACAAACCUGUGGCUGUCAUUCACCGUUUCGAGGAGCUGCCCCCAGGAUCAACACUGAUUUUCUAUCGCUAUUGUGACCACGAGAAUGCAGCUUACAAAAACACUUUUCUUCUCUUCACCGUGCUGCUGAGCGAAGAAGAGAUUCCACCAAAGUUUUCUUUAAGCAUGGUGGAGGAGAUGGUUGACGACCAUCUGCAGAAGAAGUUCCUCACUGACAGUCAUCCCGUGGCUUUUGACAGGAUGGACCUGGACAAGUAUGGUGGACUGUGGAGCCGAAUUUCACAUCUUAUCCUGCCAGUGAUCUCAGAGGACAGAAUGGAGAUGGCAGGUUGCUAACAAAAUAUACAUGUUCAAUACUGGACCUUCUAAUCAAAUAACACUGCGUCUAUAAGGUACUCUCACCUUGACUACCUAAGUCAGCUGUUGCACUUGGAGUAAUAAUUUUUAUCUAGUCAUGGAAGACUCUUGAGCUAUUUUCAACUGUUUUAUUGUUAUUGUACAGUGGAGUGAAUGGCACUUUAUUCAUUUCAAUUAAAAGCAACUUGUUUAAAUGAAAUGCUGAAAGGUGGUGAAUGCUUGAUGGUGUGGGCCAUGGAUGUACCUGUCAUGUCUGUUGUUAGGAAUUGUCAUAUUACACUGCAUACAUUUUAAAGCUACAGGAGGAAAAUGCACUUCAAAAUAGAAGUUAAUAUAUUUUUUUGAAACGGUGACACUUGUCUGCCAUCAACGUGGUGUGGUUUCUGGGGACUUCUGCCUCACCAUGUGACUCUGGUUGAAUGUUAAGUGCCUUCAAAUCUAAAUAAAUGUUUCUCUCAUCAUCAGUGUCUUAAAGACAAAGCACGUUAAACCAUCACAUUGUUUUCAUUCCAUUUGUUCCAACUACGUAGGCGCUAU